AUGGUAGAGAGGAAAAAGGAGCAGUGUUUAAAAAAGGGGAAAUGCGUUAAAGUGAAAACGAAGGGGGCUAAAAAUGACGAGGUAAAAAGGAUUCGGAAGAAUACUAAUAAUUUAAAUGAACAGAAAGGGAACGAAGGGAAAGAGCAUACAACAGUAGCGACUUAUGGCACGGAUAUAUCUCUGAAGCGGAAGAGGAACACGCGCACGUUUGAUACAAAUUGCAGCCGAAAUAGGAACAAAAACUGCAGUCGUUAUAACAGCAGUUAUAGCAAUCGCUCUACGAUCUUUAAAGGAAGGGAUGCAAAAAUACAUUUUACAAAAAAUAGCAGCGAAAAAAUAGGAGUACCUUGCAGAGUAGAUAACAAUAACAACUAUGUUCAACUGGCAGAUAGAGGUUAUACAGCGAACGGCUGCACUAGGUACAGUGGUGAUUUAAAUGAUGAUGUUGAUAUUUACUCAGACUACGAUGCUGUUGACCGUGGGAACGAUUUUUAUAUCUACAACAAUAACAGUUCCGCGUCGAGCGAAAACGAAAAUUUAGGUACUCCUGAUGAUGCCCUUCUUGAUACCCUAGAUGAUACCCUUGUUGACGACCCAGAUGAUACCCCUGUUGACGACCCAGAUGAAAAUUUGAAGGGGAAAGAAAAUAAUAAUGUCAAGUAUGGCGGAGAGUACAUAAGUUAUGAUGAGUACAUAAAUGUAAUGAAAAAUUGUAAACAGGAUAAUGAUGUUAACAUAAAAAGAGAAGAUGUGAAGGAGGAUUUAAAUAAUGAUGAAGGAAAAAAGAUGUAUAAAAUUUUUUUAUUAUUUUCCCCCUUAGGUGUAACAAGCAUAAAUAACAAAAGUUAUAUAAUCAACGCAGAUGAUCAUAUGUCUUUGUUUGAAAAAAAAUUAAAGAGUGUGGAAAGGUUAAUAGAAAUUACAAAAAAUAAUAAAGAAAAGAAAAAUUUAGAAAAAAAAAUGGAAAUGAUAAAAAAUAAACAAGAUAAUUUAAGACUUGAUAUUUUAUUCUUUACACUUUUAAGCUUAAGAGAUAGUGUUAUAAAUAAAAAAAAAAAAUUACAAAUUUAUAUUCAUACAAUUAGGGGAUUAUUAAUUUAUGUAUCUCCUUCAUUUCGUGUGCCAAGAAAUUUCAUGGUCUUUAAAAAAAUUAUGUUACAGCUUUUGAAAAAUAGAGUAGUAACAGAUAAUGAUAAGAAGCCCUUAAUGAGUAUUACCCACCGCCCGAUCAACUACUAUGUGGGGUCUUCAGUCUGUGUGGGGAUAUCAAAUAAGGGCUUUCCAACAGAUAUUAAAAAGUUUUCAGAGAAGAUCAUAGAAACAAAUAAUGAUUAUUCCUUUUUUUUGUCCUUAUCGAACAUGCAUGACUUAAGUUAUUUCAUUGAAAUGAUGAAGAAAAAAGAGAGUGAGAAUUUUUCUUUAGACUAUUUUGUUCGAUUGUCUGAUUUGAAAUUGUCAGCUAUUACGAUUUGCUCAAAAUUAACUCACUUUUUAAAUUAA